AUGCAGAGCAGCUUCAAGACGGUUCCUUUCAACCCUGAUUUCUACACUCAAUCCUCUUUCUUCUUCAGAGGAGAUAGUUGUCUUGACGAGUUUCAUCAUCAACCCAUCAAUGGUUCUGCUUUUCACCAUGACGAAGCUGUUGGUUUAAGUCCAAAUGUCACUAUUGCUUCCAACAACUUACACUACACGACGUUUGAUACGGCCAUGGAGUGUGGUUUGAGGGAUAGGCUUGAAGGAGAAGAGGAGUGUUUGGAAACAGAGCAGUUAGUGUACCAGAAAGGGACAAGGUUAGUAGGAGGAGGAGGAGGAGGAGGAGGAGGAGGAGGAGAAGUGAACAGCAGUUUAGAGAAGUGGUGCGAUUCGGUUUCAGCCAUGGCUGAUAACAGUCAACAUACUGACACUUCAACAGAUAUUGAUACCGAUGACAAGUCUCAGUUAAAUGGAGUUCAUCAAGGGAUGCUUUUAGCUACAGAGUGUUCAGAUCAAUCCAAGGUGAAACCUAGUGAGCCAAAGUCACUUAGAAGACUUGCUCAGAACAGAGAAGCUGCUAGGAAAAGUCGAUUGAGGAAAAAAGCAUAUGUUCAGCAACUUGAGAACAGCCGAAUCAGGCUAGCACAGCUAGAGGAAGAGCUCAAAAGAGCUCGCCAACAGGGAUGUUCGGUUGAAAGCGGAGUGUCAGGGGAUCACAAUCAUUUAGCUGCUGGAAAUGGUGUGUUUUCAUUUGAACUGGAAUAUGCACGUUGGAUGGAAGAACAUCAGAAGAUGAUAAACGACUUAAGAGCCGGUGUGAAUUCACAGUUAUGUGACAACGAUCUACGCGUGCUAGUGGAUGCUGUGAUGAGACACUACGAUGAGAUCUUCAGGCUAAAGGGAAUUGGCACUAAAGUAGACGUCUUUAACAUGCUCUCAGGCAUGUGGAACACUCCUGCUGAGAGACUGUUCAUGUGGUUAGGUGGGUUUAGAUCAUCUGAGCUACUCAAGAUAUUGGGGAGCCAUGUGGAUCCUUUGACUGAUCAGCAGUUGAUAGGAAUCUGCAAUCUUCAGCAGUCGUCUCAGCAAGCAGAGGAUGCUCUGUCACAAGGCAUGGAAGCUCUGCAACAAUCGCUUCUGGAGACGAUUUCCUCUGCUUCAAUGGGUCCAAACUCUUCAGCAAAUGUUGCUGACUAUAUGGGACAUAUGGCUAUGGCUAUGGUGAAGCUUGGCAAUCUUGAAAACUUCCUUCGUCAGGCAGAUCUGUUGAGGCAACAAACUCUGCAACAGCUUCACAGGAUUCUCACCACAAGACAAGCUGCUCGUGCGUUUUUAGUCAUCCAUGACUAUAUCUCUCGGCUUAGAGCGCUAAGCUCUCUAUGGCUAGCCCGACCUAGAGACUAA